GGAAAGGUCCCUCUCCGGCAGCGGCGCGGCGGAUCCCGGUCCCGCCAAGAUGGUGCGGAAACUGAAGUACCACGAGCAGAAGCUGCUGCGGCGGCUGGACCUGGUGAACUGGGAGGCGUCGGGCGGGAACUUGGCGGAGGUGCGGGCGCUGCGGCGGUACCGGGUGGGCCGGCGGGAGGACUACGUGCAGUACAAGGCGCUGGCCCGCGCCGUGCGCGCCCUGGCCCGGCGGCUCCGCGACCUGGGCCCGGCCAGCGCCGCCUUCCGCGCCCGCUGCGCCGCCGCGCUGCUGGAGAAGCUGCACGGGCUGGGGCUGGUGAACAGCCGGCAGUCGCUGGCCGUCUGCGAGAGCCUCUCGGCCGCCGCCUUCUGCCGCCGGCGCCUGCCCUGCCUGCUGGUGAAGCUGCGCAUGGCGCAGAACCUGCGCCACGCCGUCACCUUCGUGGAGCAGGGGCACGUCCGCGUGGGGCCCGAGGUGGUGACGGACCCCGCGCUCCUCGUGCCCCGCGCUGUCGAGGACUUCAUCACCUGGGUGGACGCGUCGCGCCUGCGGCAGAAGGUGCUCGACUACAACCAGGAGCGCGACGACUUCGACCUGGCCGCCUAGGGCUGCUGCCCUGCCUCACGAGACACGCACACUCAUAUGAUCACGGCACGGGAUAUGCACACAAAAGGAAACUGUGUUUCCAGGGUCGUAUUGACCUGCUGCUGGUUCCCUUUUGCAGCUAAUGGUUCCAUUCAUCCAUGCAUUAGGAACUACCUUUACACAUCCACUGCUUUGAGAAUGCAUCCAGUGGCCCAGCUCCAUCAUCGUCCCUGGCAUUCCUAGUUUCACUGUCAGCCCAGCAGCUCAGCUCCAUCAUCAUCCUCAACGUGCCCAGCUCCAUCAUCAUUCCUGGCAUGCUGUCCUUGUUUAGGGAAAAUUUUCCUUCUCUCUUGCUUCACUCUCAGAUCUAGUUUUAAAGGUGCAGAACUUAUUUCUGGGCUAAAGAGACAGAUGGGGGUACCAGCAUGAUAAAGUCACCUCAGGACACAUGCUCAGCUCCAUCAUCAUCCCCAGCCCAGCUCCCUCAUCCUUAAAAGUGCAUCUCCAUCAUCCUUUGGAAUGUGCUUGGAAAAGUUGCUGCCCAGUUGCAGGAGAGGAUUUAGGUCAGGCUUACGUGCUUGGCAGCUUAAUAGCAGCUGCUGGAAGGGGUUUUAACCCAAGCCAAGUGUCUGUUUUAAGACUGAAUUUAGCUGCUUCGCUGCUCUUUUUCCAAGAGGUUGUCCUGGUUUCUCCUUCAGCUGUUGAAUGCACAGAAAUCAGUUACUUCUGGAAGGGUUAUCUCUUUAUAUCAAGGAAUAAGGAGGGAAUGUGGGGAUUUCUGGGGGUCAGCAGUAAACAAGAAGGCCAAAUACCCGGUUUCUGAAACUGUUGAAAGUUUUAGCCAAAAAACGGAAUUAAAAACAAAACAAAAAACUUUAUUGUCAUGUGAAGUUGUAAAGGGAAGUUUGAUGCUUUGAGUUGUGUCUUUCUUGUAUGGGGUUCCAGAUGAGUACUAGACAUAAUUUAUGGACCAGGAUCUAACUGGGGAGCUGUUGGAGCAGAAGCUGAUCUAACCAUAACUGCAGAUUUGGGGGAACUUUUGCAUUUAGCAUAUUAGCCAGGGGCCACUGGAAAUUUGUUCCCUUUUGAUAAAAAAAGCAGAAGAAAAUAAAACUCUUGGAUUGUUUAGUUUGUGAAGAAAUGUGUGGACUGCUUUAUGAUAUAACUUAUCUGAGUUUAUUCUGAUUUUUAAGCCCUGUUUGCCACCUUUCUGAACUUUUUAAAAGUUUUUAUGUAACUUACUUAAGUCUGGUUUUGUUUUAUUUUAUUAGCUAGAAGGCUAUUACUGAGUUGUAACAUGUUUAUCCUAGGAAUGCUCUCUUUUCCUUACCUGGGGCUAUGAAAGGAUUUGGCAGUAGGUUUAGGAGCAGAGCUGUGACUGUCCAUCCCAAAUCCAAAGAGCCGGAGUGCAGCUACUGUCAAAGCUCUGGAUGUGGAUGCCUUUGUGGCUUUUUUGAACAAAAAAAGUUCCGGUGAGAUUUAUUUUGGAAGUAUUGCAUGCCCACAAUCUGUCACCAAAUAUUAUGUCAUGUUUUUAUAGGGCAAACAGAAUAUUUACAUUUCUUCCCAAUCUCAUAAGCCAGCUGUAUUAAGCAGAACAAUUACUAAAGCAAUAAUAGAUAUUAAGAAAAGGACACUUAACAGGUGGAUAAACUGUUUGCCUACUGCUGCUGUUUAUGCUUCAGUUUAUUUCAGUAAUCAUACCUCAACAACAUCUUAACCUUUUUCUUAGAGUGUGCAUCUUGCUUAUGGUAAGAAAUGCAAAUUGAAAAAAAGUUUCACACCUUUUAAACACCUUCCCAGCUUCCCUUUCCUCUAGAUCAAUGCCAUUAUUUCUUGGGAAAAUUAGAAGGUGCUUUAUUCAGGUGCAGGUUAAAAUAGUGCUUCUGCUGUGCUUUACUCUUUUGGGGGAAUUUAAUUAACAGCACAGUGACUGUGCAGGGCAUUUUACUACUGAGAUGCUAAACUCCCACUCUACCCAGUGUGUCCAACCCUUGGAGGAAGUGCAGAAAAGGAAAUAAACCUCCAGCCUGUCAGCCUCUGCAGUUUACAUCAUCAGCCCAUUCCUUUUGUAUGAAACAACUUUUUAUCAUUCAUCUGUGCACCUUCAGUGUGCUGCCACACCUUCAGCAUCUGUAGCAGAAGAGAAAUAACCCUGUAGACUGUUAAGCAGUGGGAAUUGAUUUCCCUAGAAAUAAGUGGGUUAACAGCAUCCAUCACCCCUGCUCUCCUUCUGUGGUACUGGAAAUCAAUCCUUAUGUUCUCUGAAGAAUCAGGCUGUGUGUUUGUAUGUCUGUGUGUUUUAAGUCUGGAACUUCUUAACUGUGCUGGUUGUGCAGUAGCUGAGACCUGAAAUGAGUGUCCCGCUCCUCGAUUUUUAGCAGCUGGCGUACUCACACGUCCCUGACCAGAGCUGCGUUAGUUUCAAGUACAAUAAACAGAUAAAAUGGAAGUUCCAGCAGCACAGCCACAUUCCUGCUGGUGAUUACAACCAAA